GGUAGGAUGAAGUGUGGACAUACUACGUAAUCGGUCUCGUCUCCACACGAUCUCUUAUCCGGGUUCACCUGCAGCCAAGCCCAAGAGGCUGCAACUUGGCGAUCUUCUUCUCUUUCCUCUUCUCUUUGUAAUUGUCUCCUCUGCAAUCUGCCUGUAUUUUUAGCUGCCAUGAAAAGCAGCAUUACUAAUACCACACCAAGAUUGCAUCUAGGAGUUGAGAGAUUGAAGUAUGGCAUUGACGACAUGUUCUAUUUGUAUGUGGCAUGAAGAAAGGGUUGGAGGUUCAUGUAUAAGGUCUAGACCUAUAAAUUAUGGAAGAUGCAGUGAGAGGGUAACUCAAUUUCAUGGGAUAGGAUUUUGGCAUGGUACCACAAAUUCAAAGUUCUCUCGAUUGAUAAAAUCUUAUAGAAGUCACUAUGGAUUGGAGUUAAGAUGUUUGAAUCGACUGCCAGACAGGAUAAAGAAGUCCUCUUCUAAGCAUGGCACGAAUGCAAGAAGAACUGAGGAAAAAGGUGAAUUCGAACAUUUGGCAUUAACUGUGUCAACUGUACUGAAAAGAUGGAGUCAGUCACAGUCCGCGAAACUUGCUGGUGUUUUGGCUUGUGUGUUUGUCAUGAUUCCAUCAGCUGCGGCUGUUGAUGCUCUCAAAACCUGUGCCUGCUUAUUAAAGGAAUGCAGGGUAGAGCUUGCUAAGUGCAUUGCUAAUCCAUCAUGUGCGGCAAAUGUUGCUUGCCUCCAAACAUGUAAUAAUCGGCCUGAUGAGACAGAAUGCCAGAUUAAAUGUGGGGACCUCUUUGAGAACUAUGUUGUUGAUCAAUUCAAUGAAUGUGCAGUCUCAAGAAAAAAAUGUGUACCUCAGAAAUCUGAUGCCGGGGAUUUUCCUGUACCUGAUCCUGCUGUUCUUGUUAAGAGUUUUAACAUUGCAGAUUUCAGCGGGAAGUGGUUUAUAACCAGCGGCUUGAACCCCACCUUUGAUACUUUUGACUGCCAGUUGCAUGAAUUUCAUAUAGAAUCCAACAAACUCAUGGGAAAUUUGUCUUGGAGAAUAAGAAUGCCAGACAGUGGAUUUUUCACUCGAUCAACUAUGCAGAAAUUUGUGCAAGACCCAAACCAACCUGGGAUUCUCUACAAUCAUGAUAAUGAGUAUCUUCACUAUCAAGAUGAUUGGUAUAUUCUAUCAUCCAAAGUAGAGAACAAAGACGAUGAUUACAUAUUUGUAUACUAUCGGGGCAGGAAUGAUGCAUGGGACGGUUAUGGUGGUGCAGUUGUAUAUACAAGAAGUAGGGUUUUGCCAGAAAGCAUUGUACCUGAACUUGAAAGAGCAGCCAAAAGUGUUGGGCGAGACUUUAACAAGUUCAUCCGAACUGAUAACACUUGUGGACCAGAACCUCCUCUUGUAGAAAGACUGGAGAAGACGGUAGAAGAAGGAGAGAAGACCAUAAUAAGGGAAGUUGAACAAAUUGAAGAAGAGGUAGAGAAGGUAGGGGAAACUGAGAUGACCUUGUUCCAGAGGUUAGCAGAAGGAUUUAAAGAGUUUCAACGAGAUGAAGAAUAUUUCUUAAGGGAGCUAAGUAAAGAAGAGAAAGAUUUAUUGAGUGAACUAAAAAUGGAGGCAAACGAGGUGGAAAAGCUCUUUGGACGAGCACUGCCAAUUCGGAAACUGAGAUAGAAUUGAAUUUUAUGCUUUAUGCUUUUCAAAUUGUACAUAUUCUUUUCAAAUUUUAUGCUUUAUUCUGCUUCCUGAAAGAUAUAUGAAGAUUACA